UUCCUUCCUUCGGUAGAAAGAGCCGGCCGGGUAGCUAGUACAUUGUUGGAGCAGAGCAGCGGCGGCGGCGGUGGCCAUCAUCAAUGGGGAUGGGGUCCCUCCUCUCGCUCUACCUGCUUCCUCGGGCCGUCUUCCUCCUGCUGGCCGCCUGUUGCUCCUUCGCCAGCGGCGGCGUGAACAACUACAACACCAGCGAUGCCGCCGCCAGGCAGCUGCAGUGGGGCAACGCCAGGGCCACAUGGUACGGCCAGCCCAACGGUGCCGGGCCCUACGACAACGGCGGCGCUUGCGGGUUCAAGAACGUCAACCAGUACCCGUUCAUGGCCAUGACCUCCUGCGGCAACCAGCCGCUCUACCGCGACGGCAAGGGAUGCGGCUCCUGCUACAAGAUCAGGUGCUCCAAGCACGCCGCCUGCUCCGGCCGCACCGAGACCGUCGUCAUCACCGACAUGAACUACACCCCGGGCGUCGCGCCCUACCACUUCGACCUCAGCGGCACCGCCUUCGGCAGGCUGGCCAAGCCCGGCCGCAACGACGACCUGCGCCGCGCCGGCAUCAUCGACAUCCAGUUCGCCAGGGUACCCUGCGAGUUCCCAGGCCUCAAGGUCGGCUUCCACGUCGAGGAAGGCUCCACCCAGGUCUACUUCGCCGUGCUGGUCGAGUACGAGAACGGCGACGGCGACGUCGUCCAGGUCGACCUCAUGGAGAAGCGCGCCCGCCGCUGGACGCCCAUGAGCCAGUCAUGGGGAUCCAUCUGGCGCCUCGACUCCAACCACCGCCUGCAGCCACCCUUCUCCAUCCGCACCCGCACCGACUCCGGCAAGACGCUCGUCGCACGCGACGUCAUCCCACUCAACUGGAGGCCAAACACAUUCUACAGAUCCAUCGUCCAGUACUCCUCGUGAAUCCCACAAUUCAUCUCCUGCAGCUACAGCUGCAGCCUUUUUGUCGUCGCCCUCGCAGUCUCAGGCUCAGCUCGAUCGGGUAGAUCGAUAUGCAGGCAGCGGUGCGUGCUGUAAUAAUUAUAAUAAUAUAUAUAUAUAUAUAUAAUAUAUAUAAUAUAUACUCUCCCCGACCCUUCUUAAUUA